CCUCGCAGCCAUACAUAACAACACUAACCCUAGCAACACAUACGUAAACAUUAGUCAGGGUCGGAAAUCCGCUUCAAGAUAUUUAAAAAAAAUAAAAAUAAAAGAAUCGUACUGCAUGAUAUUUCUCCAUAAUUCAUACUGAGAAAUAAAGACGCGAUGCAGGCAGACGACGUGAGGUAUUUAAAAAGAAAAGUUAAGGGAGGCAGUCUGGAUGUCCAUCCUACAGAGAAAGCCCUAAUAGUCCAAUAUGAAGUGGAAGCGACUAUCGUGGGAGAAAUGGGAGGCCCGAUGCUUGGAGAACGCAAGGCGUGUCAAAAAAUAGUUCGCCUGAAAAGCCUUAAUGCCAGCACGGAUAUCGGGUCCUUGGCUCGGAAGGUGGUGGAGGAGUGCAAGCUUAUUUCCCCAUCCAAGCUCCCGGAAGUGGAGCGACUGCUCUUCUAUCUGCAGAACCGCAAGUCAUCUACAGAUAAAAAAGAGAAGAAGCAGAUCAAACCAAGAGAUCCUGCUCCGUUUGAAGGCAUGGAGUUGGACGAGGAGGCUAAUAUUAACAGCAUCGAUGAUUACGUGGAGCUGCUGUAUGAGGAUGUUCCAGAGAAAAUCAGAGGAGCCACGCUUAUUCUGCAGCUGGCUCGUAAUCCUGACAACCUGGAGGAGCUGCUUCAGAACGAGGCGGCUUUAGGAGCACUGGCACGUGUCCUGCGGGAGGACUGGAAGCAGAGCGUAGAUUUGGCAACCACCAUCAUCUACGUCUUCUUUUGUUUCUCCAGUUUCAUCCAGUUCCACGCACUGAUUACUCACUAUAAGAUUGGCGCUCUGUGCAUGAACAUCAUGGAGCAUGAGUUGAAGAGGUACGACCUGUGGCAGGAGGAGCUGCAGAAAAAAAAGAGAGCUGGGGAGGAAGACCCAGAGAACCAAAACCUGAAGAAAGAGUAUGAGAAAGCGCUGAAGAAGUACCUCGGCCUGCUGAUCAAGCAGGAACAGCUGCUCAGAGUCGCUCUGUAUCUCCUGCUGAACCUGUCUGAGGACACACGCAUAGAGCUGAAGAUGAGGAACAAAAAUAUAGUGCACCUCCUGGUGAAAACCCUGGACCGAGAAAGCAAAGAGCUCCUGGUGCUUGUAGUGUCCUUUCUCAAGAAACUCAGCAUCUUCCUGGAGAACAAGAACGAUAUGGCUGAAACAGACACGGUGGAGAAGUUGGCCAAGCUGGUCCCUUGUGAUCAUGAGGAUCUGCUGAAUGUCACUCUGCGUCUCCUCCUCAACCUCUCCUUUGACACCGGCCUCCGUAGCAAGAUGGUGCAGGUGGGCCUGCUGCCCAAACUCACUUCCCUGCUAGGAGAUGAAGUACAGAAGCAUUUAGCCAUGCGCAUACUGUACCAUAUCAGCAUGGAUGACCGCUUCAAGUCCAUGUUCGCCUACACAGACUGUAUUCCACAGGUGAUGAAGAUGUUGUUCGAUUGUGGUGAGGAAGGGAUGGACCCUGAGCUCAUCUCCUUCUGCAUAAACCUGGCAGCCAACAAGAGGAAUGCACAACUCAUUUGUGAAGGUAACGGACUGAAGAUGCUGAUGAAGAGAGCGUUCAAGCUGAAGGAUCCACUGAUGAUGAAAAUGAUCCGGAACAUCUCCCAGCAUGAGGGACCUUCCAAGAACUUAUUCAUAGAUUACGUUGGAGACCUUGCAGCUCAGAUCGGACAGGAUGAAGACGAGGAGUUCAUGAUCGAGUGUUUGGGGACGCUGGCUAACCUGACUAUUCCUGACCUGGACUGGGAGCUGGUGCUUAAAGAGUACAACCUUGUCCCCUUCCUCAAAGACCACCUGAAACCCGGUUCUGCAGAAGAUGACCUCGUGCUGGAGGUGGUGAUAAUGAUUGGCACGGUCUCCAUGGACGACUCCUGCGCCGCCAUGUUAGCCAAGUCAGGCAUCAUCCCUGCCCUCAUAGAGCUUCUGAAUGCCCAACAGGAAGAUGAUGAAUUCGUUUGUCAAAUCGUCUACGUCUUCUACCAGAUGGUGUUCCACCAGGCCACCCGAGACGUCAUUAUAAAGGAGACGCAAGCACCGGCUUACCUCAUCGACCUGAUGCACGACAAAAACGCUGAAAUCUGCAAAGUCUGUGACAACACGCUGGAUAUUAUAGCUGAGUAUGAUGAAGAAUGGGGGAGGAAGAUCCAAAAUGAGAAGUUCCGCUGGCACAACUCUCAGUGGCUGGAGAUGGUCGAGAAUCGGCAGAUGGAGGAAGUGGAGCCCUUCUUGUACGGGGAAGAAGGAGAACCCUUUUUACAAGGAGCGGACAUCCUGGAAAGGCCUGACCUCUUCUACAGCUCAGAUGGAUUAAUCCAUGCAGAUGCUGCCAUCAGCCCAGACUUCUUUACAGAGUUUCAAAAUGGAGACUAUGUCUCAUCACAGGGUUUCCCUGUAAGUGCCAUCUCAGAGAGAUACAGUCAGGGGCCAGGGGGACCCAUGCGGCCUGCUACAGCAUAUGGCUUCCGGCCCGACGAGCAACACUUCUACAGCUACUCAGCAUCACGGUAAAAUAUUGUGAGUGCAGUAAUACAGUACGGACCACCAUUAGCAUUGUAUUUACUCAAAAUCUCUUUUAGGCAGAUUCAACACUACUGACUUUAUUUAUUUAUUUAUUUAUUUAUUCCAUUUUAAAUAUCAUUCUUAAUGACAUGGGCUUUCUUAAGUUGCUGCUUUCACUAUGUCAUUAAGUAGUUUCUAAUUGUUUACAGGCAUACUCAAUUAUCAAUAUGUACUAUUACACAUUUAAUAGACAAUGUGUCUGUUAUAAUGUAAAUGACGCAUUUCACCAACGCACUACAUGUAUCUAGAUUUCAAAUACCUUUUAAAACAUGUUUUUUGCAUGAAGUAUUAAAGCUGUAGGUCCAGUUCAUUGCAACUAGAGCAAAUGUUUGCAUUCAUUGCAUGUCUAAGUAAAUCAGGUGUAGUUUAGUUGCACGCUUUAUUCUGUUCAUAGAGAAUUAACUGAAUUUUGAGUUCGCCCAUCACUGAAGCUCAGACACUCUUAAACACUCAGGCAUUUGAGACACUGUUCUCCACUGUUCUCCAUGUACUUGUGACAUUAGCCAAAGUCUUACAUGCAUUUAUUGAAUUGUAAAAAAGAUAAAUAAAUAAAAGCGAGAGAGAGAAUGCUGUAAUGCUUUUUAUCAGUGUCUUAUGACCAGCUCAUGAUUGUGCUCUGUUUCUUGUUAUGUUUUGCUUUUCUAAAUGAUAACCUUUGUAUGUGUGUGAAUUUUUCUUUUUAAGUUUAAACUGUUACCAAAAUUCUGUUCAAGUUUUUAUAUAUGUACAUAUAAGUUUGCACAAAAGUUGUGUGCAAAGUUCUUUUUCUUUUUGGUGCCUGUGUAUUGUCUAAACUGCUGUUUUAUAAUAUAAAGAUCGGUGGUGCAAUAUUAAAUUAAACCAAUAUGAACAAAA